UAGGGAUCGUUUCAGUUUCAUCAAAAUCAAUACAGAUGGCAGUUAGAAGAAUUUUUUUAGAUAUCCAAGCCAUCCAGAAUCCCAAUGGAAUCCGUUUAGUAUAUCCUAGCAAGAUUGGGGACGUGUUGGGAACAAAUUUGGGAUUUAACCUCUAUAUAUAUACUUGGUGGAGAAAAGCAUCUAAAUUGCUAUAAAUUGAUCGAUAAUUUAUUUAUACCACUUAAGCAUUUAUUCAUAAAUAUCAGCACACAAGCCUACCCACCGUCCAAACUUUCCUGUUCAGCCGUCAGCCGCCGCUCCAUGCCUCCCACCCACAAGCCUACCAUCAUCUAAACUUCCCUGUUCAGCCGUCAGCCGCCGCUCCAUGCCUCCCACCCGAUUGAGACUCCUGAGGAACGAGAAAAACAGAGCAAAAAUCGGGGGAAAACACUGGAAAAAUCAACAAAAAUUUUAGGAAAGAUGGAAAAAGUUAAAAGGUUAUAGGGUUUGGGAUUUACCAUCGAAAGUUACCUGAGUCAAUUUGUUUCGUUGUUUAUUUAAGUACCAUCCGUGCUUUGUGGCGUCGUUAUAGCUGUUCGAUUGGUUUUUGGUGAAAUGAGAAUUUUAAGAAGGCCGCCAGCUGGUUCAGUAGGUGAAAUGAGAAUUUGUUUAUUUAAGUACCAUCCGUGCUUAUCGGUAAAGAGAGCACCUGAGGGAGAUCGGAGAGGUUUUUAAAUUCCGGUUGGGGUUGCUUAAAUCCCGUUGCCAUCCCUAAGAAUCAGUUUAUUUCCUAAACGUGUUGGGCGGGAGCCGUGUGUGACCUCAAGUGUUUUUUUAAACGUUAACGCUUAAACUCCGGAGGUUCAAAACGAGACUUAUCUCUAACUAUAUCUAUGAUUCUUUCCUAUGUAUUUUGCUUUCACUUGAGAUUACGUCCCUCUCCACCAUUUUUAUUCAUUCGCAGCACAGUUUCUGAUGGAAAGCAGCUCUUCUAAAGAGGAAGUGGUGAGCCUCCCAGAGCCAAAGAGAGCAGCCAAAGAGGAUGUAGUAAGCCUUCCGGAGCCAAAGAGAGCAGCAAAAGAGGCUGUAGUAAGCCCUCCGGAGCCAAAGAGAAUAGUCAAACAGGAAGAAGUAAGCCUUCCGAAGCCACGGAGAGCCCAAAGGAGAAACGAGUGGGCCACCCAGGUCGUCUUUAGAUCAUUUGCAACGAUGGCUACGUUCGCCGCCGCUCUGGUCAUCAUCUUCGAUGAGCAGACCACCGACAUUGCCGGCUUCGCCAUGCACGCCAGCUAUAAGUCCUCUCCUACCUACAGGUUCUUUAUGAUUGGGAAUUUUGUGGCCACUGGAUAUGAAAUGCUGGCACUGAUUGUGGUCUCAUACACUGGGACACAUUUUCUCGUCAACUUCAUGGAUUUGAUGGCAAUGUCUUUGGUUAUGGCUUCAGCAGCGGCUGCAACAGCAAUUGGUCAUGUGGGAAAGAAGGGGAACAGCCACACUGGCUGGAUGCCGGUGUGCAAUUACUUUGAGAAGUUCUGCAACCGGGUCGAAUACUCCGUUGCCUGUUCCUACGUUGGUUUUCUGUGUCUUCUCGUGGUGUGUUCCCUGAUUGCGAUUCCAAAAUCCAGGACAAGCAGCAACUGAGGAGCUCUUUCAGUGGGAUUGUGGAAUAAGAAUCGUAAUCUUUCUCGGGUUGUUAUUUUCCGCAAAUUAUUCUGUCGUUUUGGUUGGGAUAUCAACAUCUGUAUUUAACUGGACUCAAUUUGU